AUUAUCUUUAAUACUACUUUAGGUUUAUCUGCUAAAAGUAUAUUCCAAGUGGGAUCAUACCACCAUGGAGCUUGUACCACUGAAGAAAAAUGUCAACUUACCCGAUAUUCCGGAGAAAUAUACCAUGCAAAACAGACAAAGGCAUAAUAACGAUGAGACAACUUCUGUACCCCAUCAAUCUAUGGAGAACAUACAAAAAAAUGUUAAAGUCACAGAGAACACGUCUUUAUCACCAAAUAAUAAUCAAACCUAUUUUGCUGACGAAAAAAUACGAAUACCUGAAUUAGAAGGUACUGGUUUUAACUUCAGAAAAUUAUGGGCCUUUACAGGCCCUGGAUUUUUAAUGUCAAUUGCAUAUUUAGAUCCUGGUAACAUAGAAUCUGAUUUACAGUCCGGUGCAAAAGCCAGUUAUAAGUUAUUAUGGGUUCUAUUAAGUGCUACAAUAUUGGGACUUAUUAUGCAAAGACUCAGUGCACGCUUAGGUGUGGUUACUGGAUUACAUUUAGCAGAAAUGUGUUAUAGACAGUACAAAAAAGUACCUCGGCUUAUUUUAUGGAUAAUGAUAGAAAUAGCUAUUAUUGGUAGUGAUAUGCAAGAAGUAAUAGGAACAGCUAUUGCCUUAUAUUUAUUAACAUCUGGAGGACUUCCUUUAUGGGGUGGUGUACUUAUUACAAUAAUUGAUACGUUUACAUUUCUAUUUUUGGAUAAAUAUGGUUUACGAAAAUUAGAAUUUUUUUUUGGAUUAUUAAUUACUAUUAUGGGAAUUACUUUUGGUUAUGAGUACAUUAUUUCAAAACCACCUCAAGUUGAAGUUAUAAAAGGAAUGUUUAUACCCUGGGGAAUGGAAUAUGAUAGUCAAAUAUUGCGUCAGGCUGUAGGAAUUAUUGGUGCUGUUAUUAUGCCACAUAAUUUAUAUCUUCAUAGUGCUCUUGUGAAAUCAAGAGAUAUAGAUCGAAGACAACCUGCCAAAGUUAGAGAUGCAAAUAUGUAUUAUUUUAUUGAAGCAAGUAUUGCACUUCUUGUUUCAUUCAUUAUUAAUGUAUUUGUGGUUUCUGUUUUUGCACAUGGUCUCUACAAUAAAACCAAUGAAGAUAUUUAUGAUACCUGUAAUGCAAGUAGAAUCCACAUAGAUGAUAACUUAUUUCCUAGAAACAAUAAAACAUUUGAUGCAGACAUAUACAAGGGUGGUAUAUUUCUUGGUUGUUCAUUUGGAAUAGCAGCAAUGUAUAUUUGGGCUGUUGGUAUCUUAGCUGCUGGUCAAUCUUCCACAAUGACUGGAACUUAUGCAGGACAGUUUGCAAUGGAAGGAUUUUUAAACUUACAAUGGGCUCGAUGGAAGCGAGUACUUUUUACUCGGACGAUUGCUAUCGUCCCCACAUUUUUAGUAGCAUUCUAUGCUGAUAUAGCAGACAUGAGUGGCAUGAAUGAUAUUUUAAAUACUAUUAUGAGUUUACAAUUACCCUUUGCUACUUUACCAACAGUAGCUUUUACUAGUAAUCCACAAAUAAUGGGAGAAUUUACAAAUGGAAUAGCAAAUAAAAUUGUUGCCACUAUUAUAUCUGCAUUAGUGAUAACAAUAAAUAUUUAUUUUGUAAUAGAUACUGUACAAGAUAUUCCUCAGAAUUGGGCAAUAUGGCUUGGUAUUGCUAUAUUUGCAAUUUUAUAUUUAGCAUUUUGUAUAUAUUUAAUAAUUCAUAUGGCAGUAAAUAUGGGUGCUGGAACUGUCAGUAAUCAUUGGUUUGUUACGAAAUAUAUUUGUGGUCCUGUGGACACUAACUUUGGCCUAUCUAAUCCUGCUAUAUAUGCAAGGACAAAUCCAGCAUUCACAAUACAAGAAGGAUUAAAUGAAAGCUUUGUACCUAUACCACAUUUUUGGUAAUUAUUAUUAAUAAAUAUUAUUAUAUAAUAAAUUUUUAACUUAAAUAUAAUUUUCUUAGCUGCUAA